AUUGAGAUAUCAUCUGUACUGGAGAUCGCCAGUUCGUUUCCUUUAAAAUCAGAUAUAACUGACUGCUUUCCUUUUUAACACUGUGUAAAUUCGAAGUGAAGAUGAUCUGGAGGCUUUUGUUGGCUGUGGUGCUCCUGCUACCACUGGCUUCCGGAUACAACUACUGCAACAACAAGACGCACAAGUGUGUGCUGGAGAAGAAAAAGCACUUCAUGUGCCAUCUGAAGGACUUCACCGUCUACGGGAACUCGACCAAGUUCCAUGCUUCCGUGCCGAACAACAUGAGAAUGCAGAAGAUAGCACUGGACAUACUCAACACUCUGCGGAACAAGUUUGCGGGCGGGGAACUGAGGGCGAUGGGCAACAAGACGUUCGCGAAGGCCAGGCGGAUGCGGCAGCUCGUCUGGGACAAGGAGCUGGCCUACAUGGGCCACAACCAUGCGUCCACCUUGUCCCUGAGGCCAUCGGAGUGCCGCUCCACUCUGCGGUUCCCCCACGUCGGCGAGGCCAUUGCCCUGGUCACGCCCAAGGAGAAGCUCAACCUGAAGGAGAUAUAUUCGAAGGCGUUCACAUCGUUGUUCGCCGAGUACCAGCAUGUUCCGGAUCCGGACGCUCUCCUCCAAGCCUUCGACCCUGACAGGGACUUCCAGGUGAAAUUCUUCACCAACAUCAUCAGCGAUCGCGUGUCGCGCAUGGGAUGUGGUCUUGCCGUGGGCGCCAACUGCCAUCCAUCCUUCAAGUUCUGCCACUUCCUGACCUGCUACUUCGACUUCCACAACAUGGCUGGCUCCUAUGUGUACAAGGCCGGGGAUCCCACCUCCUCCUGCGACGACUGGGGCGUCGUUAGCUCCGACAAGUAUGCGAAUCUGUGCAAGAACAGCGGCGAGAUUUUUCCCCACGAUCACGGCGAUCGAGUCGAGUGAAAGCGAAAGUGAAAGUCCGGUUGUGAGGUGUUUAGUAUAUUCGUACAUUUAUAUAUGUUUUUCAAGCACAGGAGUCCGACUUUGAAAACCUCCCAGAGUCCGAAAUACAAUCCUUACACUUCCUACGAUCCCUUCGAAUUAUUUCUAUGCUGAUGCGAGUCCGGGCUCCUCUCUUACUCAGCUACUUAGCUACUUGGAAAGAGUACUUGGUUUCGAUUCGCUUUUCCUACGCGGAUUACUUGUAGUUUCCUACUUCCAUCUAACAGCUAACAGACUUAGUCGGUUUUGCUUCACUAUCUCUCGAUUUUCGGGUGCUAAUCGAGUGGAUUUGUCCAGUGAAACCAGCUCCAUCUCCGGAAAGUGUCGUCAGCGCACACGGAAAGCGAGUAAUGAACAUUCAACGACUCUAAAUGAGGACCAAUUGACCUUCAGACUAAGUUUGCAUAUUCGUUUGUUCGAGUAACUAGGUUCGUAUCGCCAUUUCGAUGGAGUUAACUUGGUUUCUGUGUUCCCCAAACCACCAUCGAUUUGGAUCUAAAACGGCACAAAAGUGCCGACUUGCUUAUUCUACGGUUUGCUGAUGUGGAUAACUUUGACUAGUGGUGUCCUCCAAGCGGGCCUUUCCGGGUUUUCGUGCCUACGGGCUUACGGGAACUCUCGCCCACCAGAGACUCCUCCAAACUGUUUUUGAAACGCGUCGAGUUCUGAUCGGAAAGUGCACUGGAAUGCCGCUCAUCCUAGUCCGCCUCAAGCUUCUGCUCCUCCUCGCUACACUUAGAAAAAUACAUACAUAUAAAUAUUGGGGACAAAGCAGCUAGGGGGAGUACCUAUGAAGAAGUCGGGAUGACAAGCUGGCCAAGAGUGGGAUAUAUAAAUUUCGAAAUAUAUUGACCGAAGAAGAACACACUCAAGGAUAUUUAGAUGUUCAUCUGCUAGGUGGGUAACAUGACCUAUCCAUUCCGAUUCGAUUCGUUUCCCCCAAGUCCUA